CAUCUUAGUCGCUUCUUUACUAUCCAUCAAACUGUCGAAUUAUGAGCAGUCCCCGAAUCGCGGGAAAGUGGUGAAAGCCUGCCGGAGAAAGAUUUUUCCCGCCAAAAGUCGCGAAGCGUAAUCACGUUCAAUUUCAUAGUUUCUAAUCCAUCAGUAUCGUAACUCCAGUGUUGUGAGAAAUUCAAAGUAUUCUAUAUAUUUCUUAUAGGUUUAUCUGUUUUUCAACGUCCAUCUGGACACUGUGUCCGGGUUCGCAGAGAACAAGUUUGACAUCGCCGUCCGAAGUAUUUCACUCGCUGUUUUCAUUAUUUCCGUGUUUUUAUUUACUAUUUUAUUGAUUGGGAGUGUUUUCGUAAUACGGACUACCAUCUACUUGAAGCACUUCCAGCGCGAGUCAUAAAGAUUCCUCUCGAAACUGGACAGAAUUAUUUGCAGAAGCAAGGAUGACGUAUACAGGGGACAGUAGUAACCUGUUGUUGCUAGCGGAAGGACACGGCUACACGUGUUACACCUGCCACGUGGGUUUCAAAACCACAGAGGAUCGGUCGACCACCGAUAAAAACCAAAGCUGUUGUUGCAAGGGGCAAUCUACCCCACAGCAGUUCCAAAGGAGGAAGUUCAACCUAUUCAGAACGAAGUUAAACGCAAGGUUGCAAUCUAGCCGCUCCUUCAGUCUUAUGAGGCUAAAUUUCAGAGGAAUGUCUCAUUCCCUCCUAAUAAGCCUAGUCAUAGUGUGCACCUGUUUAAGCAGUCUAGUCAAAGCCGAAGAGGAACUGAAACAAGCACCUGCGUUCACCGAUUCAGAAAAGCCAUUCAAAUUAGGAGAGCUAUUGCAGCGGUUGCAAGCGGCCAAGCAAGCUUUAGACCGCGAGAGGAUAAUCGAGCAAGCGUCGAAAGACGGCAAAGACCUCUUCGAGUACCUGGGUGAAAACUACUAUGGAUCGGAUUCCUCCGACACCCCGAUUGCGCCUCCAGGCUACCGGGUUAGACUAAUCUCCACGCCAGAGGCCGCAAGAGAUGACUACUUGUACGGCAAAGACAAGCGAGGCAACUACAUGACAUUGUGCCACUUCAAAAUCUGCAAUAUGGGACGGAAGCGGUGGAAAUCGUGGCCCUGACUAGAGCUGGAGCUGGAGCGCUGAAGCGUCCCGACGCCGACGCCGGCGUCGCCGUACAGCUCGCCCCCACCCGCACGCCCCGCCGUCGCCAACACAUCCACCAGACAAACGUAUUUAUCAUCCGACCUCACCCAGAAGCCAUCUCUUCAGAUUCCUCUUAUACUAAAUUAUUGUAUAAUUUUACCGCAGAACAGACGAUGAAAAGUUGAAUAAAGUCAAUAGCGUAAACUUCAA